ACCAUAUGCCGAUGAAUUGGAAAUUAUCCUUGACCCAUGUCUUCCGUCUUCAGCAGAAAAUGCAAUUUAUAAUGAGGAAAUAGAGUAUAUGUUGCUCACAUUGGUGUAUUAUGCUCUUGUAAUAGUUAUCACUAGCAAUUGGUGUAUUCGUAGAGAGAAAAACCCCGUUGGAAAUGAUAUAAAUCAUCUCAUCCAUGUCACCUCUGGAUCUUGUGUCUCGAUCCCUCAUUUCAGUGUUUUGGAGGUUGAUGAGUUUACACAAGGGUUGUGGAAGAUCUACACUCAAGUGAGGGAGGAGGGAUACACUCAGCCCCUGUCAUUGGGAUUGUUCAGAAACGACUUCAUGAUCGAUGUACAGGACCCUGACCAUGUCCAGAUUAAGCAGGUUGAGAUCAACACAAUAGCAGCAGGUGCAGGCAGUCUUGGAUCAUUGUUAGUUCACCUGCACAGGAAAGUAUUGCAUGUUGAUGUCAUAGUUGGAUCUCGGUUUACCCUUGAUAUGGUUGGGAAGCAUUACGAUAAAUGGGAGGUUCAGGAUAACGACGCUUCUCUGGGAGCAGCUUUGGGUUUACUGAAGGCGUGGGAGUUGUAUGGACGGAAACAGGCUGCCAUACUCUUUGUUGUGCGUGAGACAGAACCAAAGAUAUUUGAUCAAAGGCACCUGGAGUUCAAAGUCUUCUCUCUCAACCCCGCGGUUCGGGUUCUACGUCGUACUUACCUGGAUAUCAACAACGGCGCCUUCUUGACAGAAGAUAGGAGACUGGUGGUGUACGUGAUCACAGACAUAGAAUGGGAUGCAAGGCUAAAACUUGAACGUUCAAUGGCAAUCAAAUGUCCCUCCAUUCAAUAUCAUCUGUCUGGGACAAAGAAAAUCCAACAAGAGUUAACCCUAAAUGGAGCAGUGGAACAAUUCAUCAAAGACCCAGCUGCAGUGAAGAGAAUCCGAGCUACAUUUGUGAAGCAGUUUAGUUUAGACUUGGGUGUAGAAGGGGAUAAAGGCGUGGAGUUGGGGAAGACUGACACAGACAUGUACGUGCUGAAGCCACAGAGGGAAGGGGGAGGACACAACCUGUAUGGAAACGACAUCAGAAAAUUCCUGGAGACACACCAGAAUUCUACGGAGAGGAAUGCCUACAUCCUGAUGGAGAGGAUAUUCCCAAAGGCACAUAAGAACUAUCUCGUCACACCUGGGAGACCUUUGCUCCUGUCUGAAGUAACUAAUGAACUAGGGAUAUUUGGAGUGUACAUUGGAUCCGCCACUGAAGAGAAGAUCAACAUGCAGUGUGGCCACAUGCUAAGGACGAAGCUGCUUGGGACAGACGAAGGUGGUCUCUGUACUGAGCAUGCGUGUCUUGACACACCUUUCAUGGUGAACGACGAAGUGCCUGUCUAUUCUGUAAUACCUUUGCAGUGA